CAUUCUCAUGCAACUUUGAUAAGGAUUCAUGUGGAUUCACUCAAAGAGCUGAUGAUGACUUUAAUUGGAGAAGAUAUCAAUGGGGAACACCUUCACAGGGUACUGGCCCUAAUUCAGACCAUACUACUGAAAGAGGAUAUUACAUGUAUGUCGAGGCGUCAGGGAAGAAAGAAGGAAAGAAGGCUGUACUUGAGAGAAACGUGGAUAUAAGCGGUGAAAACACGUGUCUAACGUUUUAUUAUCACAUGAAUGGACGUCAUGUUGGGAAGCUCAAUGUGUACGUGGGAUCAAAUAAAGUAUUCAGUAAGACGGCUAGUCAGGGAGAUGGAUGGAAAAUGGCUAAAGUAUCACUGUUAGGAGCAAAUCGAGGAAAGCAAAUGCUCAAGCUUGAAGGCAUUGUAGGGAGGGGAUUUCUAGGUGACAUUGCAAUUGAUGAUGUGUCAGUUGGACUCUGUAACGAAGAAGGUACCAUUCCUCCUCCUUUCCCAUCAGCUACAACACCGAUAGUCGUAUUACCAACAACCAUGAGACCAAGUCCUCCGAUUCCGCCUUCAGGGUCGUGUGGUAUCCGACCAAAGACAAGGAUCGUUGGAGGGACGUCAUCCCAACACGGAGAUUGGCCAUGGCAAGCUCAGUUAAAGUCCAGUCCGGGUUCUUCACCGUUCUGCGGAGGGUCACUUAUUCAUCCACAGUGGAUAUUAACUGCUUCUCAUUGUGUAUCGGGAUCUAAGGCUAUCAAAACUAUUGUUAGAUUGGGAGCUCAUCGACGCAGUGUUAAAGUUGGUACUGAACAGGACUUCAAGAUUAUCAAAGUGAUCACGCAUCCUAGUUACCACAAACCAAUCAGCUAUUCAAAUGACAUUGCUCUACUAAAACUUGAAAAACCUGCCAAGCUCAAUAGGUAUGUGAACUUGGUUUGUUUACCGGAUAGUGUAUCACUCCCCAGUGAUGGCACAAAAUGCUGGAUAACUGGGUGGGGUCGGACACAUGGUCCAUCGCCUGACUACCUUCAACAAGCUUCUGUCCCAAUCGUAAGCGAAAAUCGCUGUAGAUUCGCUUAUCUCGGACRAAUACACGACUCAAUGAUGUGUGCAGGGCUCGAUCGGGGUGGUAUUGACUCAUGCCAAGGUGAUUCGGGGGGGCCCAUGGUGUGUGAAAAUGGAGGGCGGUUCUAUGUACAAGGUGCAACGAGCUGGGGUAAUGGUUGUGGGAGACCUGGAAAAUUUGGUGUCUAUGCUAAGGUGAAAUAUCARUUAGAUUGGAUUCAUUCUGAGAUCAAGAAGGGUUGAUUAUGUAUUUAUGGGUGAAAAAAAGCACUCAAAUAAACGUACCAGAUAUGACACAA